AUGAUGGGUUUUGCUGUCUCCGACGAAUUGCUUGGUACUGUCGCUCCGAUUGUGGUCUAUUGGCUGUAUUCUGGGAUUUACGUGGCGCUCUCGUCCCUCGAGAGCUACAGAUUGCAUUCCAAGGUCGAGGAAGAAGAGAAGAAUCUCGUCUCGAAAUCGUCCGUUGUGAAAGGGGUUCUUCUUCAACAGCUCGUUCAAGCUGUUGUCGCAAUCCUCUUGUUCACGGUGACAGGAAGCGAUGCUGAAGCAGACAAAGCUCGACAGUUUUCUCUUUUGGUCCUAGCAAGACAGUUUGUGACGGCCAUGGUUAUCCUCGACACAUGGCAGUACUUCAUGCAUCGAUACAUGCACCACAACAAGUUCUUAUACAAGCAUAUCCACUCUCAGCACCACCGUCUUAUCGUGCCUUAUGCCUAUGGAGCUUUAUACAACCAUCCAGUGGAAGGUCUUAUCUUGGAUACGAUCGGAGGCGCCUUGUCAUUCCUAAUCUCUGGUAUGUCUCCGAGAACAUCCAUCUUCUUCUUCUCCUUCGCCACAAUCAAAACCGUGGACGACCACUGCGGUCUCUGGCUUCCCGGAAACUUGUUCCACAUGGUCUUCAAGAACAACUCGGCUUACCACGACGUGCAUCAUCAGCUAUAUGGAAGCAAAUACAAUUUCUCUCAGCCUUUCUUUGUCAUGUGGGAUCGGAUUCUGGGAACUUACAUGCCUUAUUCGCUUGAGAAAAGAGAAGAUGGAGGACUCGAAGCACGCCCGACCAAAGAAUUCAAAGACGAUUGA